AUGAUUGGACAUCUUCCUAUUCCGCUAGGCCGCAAAACAGUAAUCACUCCGCAGGAGAAGACUACAGCCAAACAGCUUGUACAUACUAUGGGAUACGGCACAUGUAGAGAUAGUGUUUUUAAGUGGACGUUGUACUGGAGACUCCUCUCAGACCUUCGCCUUAAGGGAGCGAUAUCUUUGCUUCUCUACCGUUCUAGUGAGUUCAAGAUGUAUUUCUUUCGCUAUACUAAAGGACUAGACACGCUACUUUUAUGGAAUUAUAUCUUUAACUUCCCGCUUGAACAACUUCGAUCCCGGGUCAUAGCUAAAGAAGAAGGUGACUUUUCUGGCAAGUGUGAAAUCGAGGACAGACGAGUAUUUAAAAGACUUCGUACUACACGAUCGGGCGCUUGGGCAGACGACCUCAGCGGGUGGAAUAACGACGAAACAGAAUAUAAGAACUUUCUCGCUAAUCACAGUGUGACGGCCACAUCCGGGAAAUCAAACAAGCAUGUUCUUCGCCACGGUAUUAAAGGUAAGCUUACUACAAACAAAUCUGUUUUCGUGGCUAUAGUCCCUUACGAGGGCGAGUCCGAGAAACGGGUGAUUGGCAACAAGCCUGCUUCGACAAAAUUAUAUUCUAUAUCUCCACUAGUCUCUGUGACUCUAGGUGACUUCCUCGGGAUAUUUUCUAGAAGGCUUCGAUAUGUAGAUCAGAAGCCGUUAAAAGCUAUCACGGGACCCGUUCCGGGCCUUUGGCUAGACCAUUUAGAAAUACCAGGAAAGCUUAAUCAGAUGAAGGUUGCAAAGCGCGGAGAGAAGUCGAAUGUUUGUCUCGCGUGGGAGGGAGUGAACGAGGCAAAAGAAGAGAAGUCUUUCUGCCAGUAUUGGAGAGUUUUGGUUGUGGCCACGAGAGAAAUUAUGCCAUUCGACCAACUCAUUCGCCCUUCUUGA